GUCUUUGCAGAUGUGUUGGUCAAGAAGGCAUAUGAUAAUUGGAUGCAUGUCAUAGAAUAUGAUGGUAAGGCUCUUCUGAACUUUACCAAAAAAAAGAAAGCCCUAUCAGAUUCUUCAAAUGAUCAUGAAGAGUCUCAAGUCAACCUACAAGCUUCGUUUCCUUUGGAGCAUCCUUUGGUUGAUAUGGGAGGAAGUACCAUAACUGCUGUUUAUAGUGGAAAUGAAGGGGUUACAUAUUCAAGUAGUCUUCCAAACGUAGUUUCUGAUACAAACAUGCAGUAUGAAAGCGCCUGCUUCACACCACAGAAUGAGGCAAUUGGCUCUGCUCAACAGAGCUUAAUUACUAGAAAUGAUAGUACAAGUCUGGCACUGGCUCUACCACAGCAGACAAGCAUUGGAUUCCAACCAUCAAGCCACUCCAUGGAGCAUUCAGGCUUGAACAUAUAUGAUGACUGGUCUGGUCAGCAGGACAGCCGCUGUAUGGAUGAUUUCUUCUCUGAGGAAGAGAUUCGCUUGAGAAGCCAUGAGAUGCUGGAGAAUGAGGAUAUGCAACAUUUGCUCCGAACCUUCACCAUGGGUGGAGCUUCUGUCGGUCUCCCUGAAGAUGGAUAUGGCUUUCCGCCGUAUAUGCCUUCGCCAUGUCCUAACUUCAACUUUGAUGAUGAAAGGAAUCGUUCAUCUGGUAAAGCAGUAGUCGGUUGGCUCAAGAUCAAGGCAGCUAUGAGGUGGGGCAUUUUUGUCAGGAAAAAGGCUGCUGAGAGAAGGGCAGCUCAGCUUGUUGAACUAGAAGAAUAGCAAUAUAUAUCAUAUAGGGUUAUACAUUAUUGUGUGGCUGAUUAUGUCGUAAAAUAGCUUUUAUAUCUUACACGGAUAAUGAUGCAGACUGGAGGUUUCAAAUAGGAUUCUUAGUCAAAGCUGACAAUUGCAAGUCACCGAGGCUCUACAUUAUAGUUCUCACCUGCAGCUAUCUUAUUCUGCGACUGUCUGUUGUUGAUUCAGCAAACCCUGAAAUGCCCUGCAAUAUGUACUGCAGCUGCAGAUUUUGAUGGCUUCUGAAUCUCUAUCUACUGCCAAGUUAAUAACGAGUAGAUCCUUGGUGGCGGGCACUUCUAUGUUGGAAUGCCAAUGGUUGGAAUGUUGGAUUGCAGUGCAAGACAGUUGAAAUUUACUUCA